ACGACACGCUCAGCUCGAGUCGCAGUUCGUCCGCGAUCACCCCCACCAUGCCCAGUCUCCCCCUCGUCGUUCCCUCCAACUCAACCAUCUCUGUCAGCACUGCAUUUCAGUUCGAAGAUGCCGAUCUGAUCAUCCUCUCGUCCGACUCGGUUUUCUUCUCGGUCCACUCUCGCACUGUUAGGGCAGCAUCGGCAGUGCUCUCCCAGUUGAUCGACGCUCUUUCCGCCUCGAAUUCCUAUCCCACUCUCUCAGACGACCCUGCAUCAUCCCCAACGGUGGUGGGCAGUGAGAGGACGCCGUCGGACAUGGAAGCACUAUUCGUCGCACCACCCACGCCGGGGUCCCAUCCCCCUACGCCGCAGCCGGAAAAGCUCGCCCAGUCCGCUCAAGUACCCAAGUCCAGCGCCCAGCCCCUCAUUCUCCCUCUUCCGGAGCCGUCAGAUGUUCUCAACGUCAUCCUUCACUUCCUGUAUCACCUCCCGUGUACCCAAUUCCUCCCUACGCUUUCUACUCUACACGCCGUCCUCAACGCCCUUCAAGCGUACAGCAUCCCGACCUACCCUCACUCCUUCCUGUCUUAUUCGCUGUGUUCCCUCCUUUCUCCUCAUUCCGCCGCACAGCCGCUCUACACCUACGCUCUCGCCGCCUCCGCAAAUCUGGAAGGCCUCGCCAUCUUCGCGAGCAGGUUCUGCCUGCAUGUGCCGCUCAGCGAGAUCACCGAGCCAAUGGCAGCCCUCAUGGGUCCGUUAUACAUGCGUCGACUCUUGUUCCUGCACCUCGGCCGUGUCGAAGCCCUCAAACGCACUCUUGCCUCACCACCUGCCAUGCACCCACCAAGUGCGUCGGACUGUGAUGUAUCGGAUCAGAAGCGGAUAACAAGGGCAUGGGCUCUUGCGACUGCAUACUUGGCCUGGGGUGCACGCCCGGACAUGAGCGUGGUCGAACUGCGAGAGGUGCUUGAGCCGCUCAAGACGAAAGUUGAUUGCUCAGCCUGUCAAAAAAGCCUCGGCGAGCGCAUCGAGCAGCUGUGCAUCGACUGGUGCGCGAUCAAGGACACGAUAUGAGGUGGAAUUCUGGUGUUCCCGCGGGAGGUGGCAUGGAUGGAGGGAUGUGAUGGAGUUGCAUGGCCGGAGAUGCUGGAAAGGGCGAGGGGUGGCAGGGAUACGCGCAUAUACGCGGCCUGCGUAGCCUUUGUAUUUCCUCGGGGACCUUUCGGAGCAAGGCGUUCCCCAAUCGUUUUCUCUCUUCCGACUGUAUCGAUACCUGUCUCUCACUCCUUCCUCAUCCUUCCCAGCACACGAUCAGCACAUAGCCUUUUAACGCCUGUCUCUCCUUCACCUGUGUAUCACUCGCGAUCCUCGCUCUCUGCUCCCUCCCGCGGCCUGAAUACCAGGGCUGCUCAUGAACUACUCUCCCGACGACCACGGUACCGAACUCAAGUCAAAUCAAGUAAAUUCAGCGAAACUAGCGUUUAGUGCUACUUACUGUUUUAUUUGUGCGCGCACACACGGGCUAUUCGUAUUCGCGUAUAAUGAUAGACUGGCUGGCACGUAUGUGCUAAUACUGUAAUC